AUGAUUUCGCCCCGCCUCACCGUCGCUCUACUCGCCGGCUGCGCUCUGCAGCAGCUGGCCGCCGGCGCUGAAGUUCACGGCGCUGGAGCUGAGGGAACAGUCAUGGGCCCUGUCGCAUUCCUCUGGCCAUCCGACCGCCAGUGGGAUGCCUCGCAGGACAACACUGCUCCCUGCGGCAGCAGUGCUGGUGUAACCAACCGCACUGAAUUCCCGCUGGACCAGGGCUCCGUUGCUCUCACCAUUGCCGACGAUGCUUGGAACGUCGAGUUCCACCUCGCUGUCGGCAACAACCCGACCAGCGAGAGCGACUUCACUGAGCAGGUUGUCAGCAACAUCUCUUCCGUUCAGCCGGGUCACCAGUGCUACAAGCUCGAGGACUUGCCCGACACUCUCUCUGCCGGCACAAACGCCACCAUCCAGCUCGAGUACUGGUCCAGCUACGAGGACGGCAAGAACGAGACCUUUUACGCCUGCGCCGACAUCACCUUCGUUGAGGCCGUCGCCUUCGACGCCCAAGUUCCCUGCUUCAACGUCACCGCCAGCGACUUUAACUCCGGCUCUGCAUCUUCUUCUGCCAGCAGCAGCACUGCCUCCGCAACUGGUGCUUCUGCCUCUUCCUCCAGCAAUGACAACAGCGGUAGCAGCAGCAGCAGUGGCGGUCUCUCCACCUCGGACAAGGCCGGCAUUGCUAUCGGCUCUAUCCUCGGUGGCUUGUCCAUCAUUGGCGCCGGUAUCUUCUUCUUCCUCUACCGGAGGAGGGCUGCUGCUAAGAGGGAAGCGGCUGCGGCUGCUGCGGCUGUCACGCCAAAGGAAGUUGAGGAAGCGAGCGUGAGGUCGGCCCGCCAUUAA